AUGCCAGGUGUACCGUCCGGAAGAGGCUGCGACAACUGCCGCAAGUCCAAGAAGAAGGUGGGUAGCGACGACCCCACAGCGGAUGGCCCGACCCCUCGCUAUUGCGAUGAAGCAAAGCCCGUCUGCACGCGAUGUGCGCGCCGGGGUAUCGAAUGUGUUGGUGCUGGCGAAAAGCGCUACAAGUUCAUGGAGGAAGGCCCCGCCAUCGCCAGAAAGCGAGCUGCGAAGAGCCAAGCCAACCCGGUAGAGCGAAAGGAAGUCGUCCGUCGUGUCUCCGUCAAUCCGACAAAUAGCGCUGCUCUCCUAGGUCAGCGUCUAGUAGCAGCUGUCAAACCGCAGACGAGCCUGAGAUAUAAUCUGGCGUGGGCGUUUGGUGGCUAUUUGGCCCUCAUCCCUCGACGCUUGGGCAUCAACGAGGCGCUGGACGCAGCCACAGAUGCUUUAGUAACAGCACAUCAGACAUUUUCGUCUUGCAAGGAAAUCACUGUCCCUUCGCUAACAAAGUACUCCCGAGCUUUGGGAGCGCUGACCAGGUGUCUUGAUAACCCUCGCACGGCCAGCACAACAGAGACGCUCUGUGCGGUGAAUGUGCUGCUACUGGUCCAGCAUAUUUUGGGCCCUGCCGACUGGAGAUGGACUGGCCAUGCCGAAGGAGCGGCGAAGAUACUCAAGGCUCGAAGAAGCUUUGCUCCUCGAGAUCGGUUUGAGCAGAUACUUCUGAUGUCUUUGCGUGGACCAGUGUUAUUUGAAGGACUGUUCAACCCGCGCAUCGAAUUGACCCAGGAGGAAUGGAAGGAGCUGGUGGUGAACGAGCUAGACGCAAAUACCCCAGAAGGCGACAUGCUUCUUAAUCUCUCGCAGAUCCGGGACAUCUUGGGUCGAGUGAAGACCAAUCCAGAUGGUCUCGCCGGGUUGCUGAUCCUGCAAGCUGAGAUGAGGAGCCUAUACACCAAGACACGAAAGACCUGCGACGUCCUCCGCACAGAACUCGACCUGAUCGAGAAUCCUGGCGAGAAAAAUCCUGCGAAUCCGUACGGACUUCCUCCAACGUGGCUCCAUGCCCUCACUCAACGAUCCUACGGUCUUGCCAUCACCAUCGCCAUGUACAUGCACUACGCGCUUGUCGUCAUGCGAGCAAUGGACCCCGAGACAGCCGCGGACGUCAACCACCUUGCCUUUGAGCUGAUCAGUAUCGCCGAGAAUGCAAUUCAAUAUCGACCGUUUGGCGCGGGGUAUGUCAUUGUGGGGCUGAUUGCAGCAAUGAUGACGGUCCAGAACCCGUCCUUGCGCAUCCUGCUACAGUCCUGGUUUGAUGACUAUCGCAGCGACUUUAACAUGCCGGACCUGGUGAAGUUGGGGGAGAGAGAGAAUUUCGACCUCUUGGACCCGUUUGGAUCUCGCGAGUGGCCGGAGGGGUUGGCGGAGACCGAGGAGCAUGCCUUGUACGACCCGUUUCUCCUAGAAGCGCCGACGGCCCCUGAAUAUGAGAUACCCCUGGUUGGUUGA